AUGGCCGAACAAUCCACCCAUGUUCGACACGUACUCCUUUACGAGUUCGAGUCUGGCCACCCCGCUGCUGAAGCCCACCGAAACUUAAGUCAAAUAUUCGGCACCGAAACUCCUGAGCAGUCUGUGCGCGCGGGUUCCAGCGCUCCAAAGCCGGAAACAAGAAACUUGAAGAUGAGCCUCGCUCUGGUCGCGACUGCAAUAUCGUUCGACGAACUGAAGAAUCUGACGAAGCAGCAUCCAUAUGAAGCUGUGCGGUAUUUUGCUGCCAGUCUUGGCUGUUCGCUGUCCAACGUGAGCAAUGGACUGCGAUCUCUCGGAAUGGUGAAAAAGCUCGGUCAGGGGCUGCCACAUGCAUUGAGCAACGGCAAUCGCCAAUGA